GAAACCGGAAGGGGGGCUGUGAGGACGUGUUCCGAGGAAGCCAGAGCCGGAGCCGUGGCCUGCCGGGCCAGCGACAUGGAGCCCCUGUACCAGCAAACGCACAAGCAGGUCCACGAGAUCCAGUCUCGCAUGGGACGCCUGGAGACGGCAGACAAGCAGUCUGUGCACAUAGUAGAAAACGAAAUCCAAGCAAGCAUAGACCAGAUAUUCAGCCGUCUAGAACGUCUGGAGAUUUUGUCCAGCAAGGAGCCCCCUAACAAAAGGCAAAAUGCCAAACUUCGGGUUGACCAGUUAAAGUAUGAUGUCCAGCACCUGCAGACUGCGCUCAGAAACUUCCAGCAUCGGCGCCAUGCAAGGGAGCAGCAGGAGAGACAGCGAGAAGAGCUUCUGUCUCGAACCUUCACCACUAACGACUCUGACACCACCAUACCAAUGGACGAAUCACUGCAGUUUAACUCCUCCCUCCAGAAAGUUCACAACGGCAUGGAUGACCUCAUUUUAGAUGGGCACAAUAUUUUAGAUGGACUGAGGACCCAGAGACUGACCUUGAAGGGGACUCAGAAGAAGAUCCUUGACAUUGCCAACAUGCUGGGCUUGUCCAACACAGUGAUGCGGCUCAUUGAGAAGCGGGCUUUCCAGGACAAGUACUUUAUGAUCGAGACAAGGUCUCACCAUGUUGCCCGGAAUGGACCUGAACUCCUGAGCUCAAGAGAUCCUCCUGCAUUAGCCUCCGGAAGUGCUGGGAUUAUAGGUAUGAGCCACCACCCUGACCUCCAAAUACCUUUUGAACUCAGGCUUGGAUUUGAACUCUGGUUCUAUCAACUAUUAGCUGUGAUUUCAGAUCAGUGACCGGAGCAAUUUGUGCCUUGUUUCAUUAAGUGGAGAUGACAAUAGCAUCUGCCUUGCAAGAAUUAUUUGAUGUGGCUGAUGAGAAAAAUCAGAAUUAUGAAAAGUGCUUCACACCAUUCCUGUCAUGUGAAGAGCCCUCUCUAAAUGGCCAUUAUGCUAAUUAGCACCUUAAAGGGAAAUCGUUUUCAUGAAAUUUUAUUUGAAUCUGGCUAGAGAAAGUGCUCACCUUCCUCCUUGUGUUUUGCUUAUUUGAUUAUAUCUUUGAUUUCCGUGAUGUGUGAAGUCCCUUGAAAGCAGGGCUGUGUGUUCAACAAAGGUUUGUGGCCUUCCCGCAGUGAAUUGUGCUGGGUGCUGUGGGAAAUACAAACACAGGAAAGACAGUUCUGGUCCUCAGGGGAAGUGUAGUGGGGAAGACGGACAUGAGAACCUAACCGUAACAGGAUGCAGAGCAAAGCACGUGCCGUGCACUGCGGCCGUGUUACCUCCUGGUUUGGAAUGUGAGCUCAGACACCAGUCUGCCUGGGUUUGGAUCCCAGCUCUGCCACUUAUUGGCUGCACAACCUCAAACAAGUCUCUUAACCUUGCUGGGCUUCAGUUUCCUCAAAUGUAAAGUAAAAAUGGUAACAGGAGAGUUAAUGCAUGAACAGAGUCUAACAUACAGAAGGGCUCAAUCGACAUUAGCUGUCAUUACCAACAUAUACAAAGAUAGUGUGGAGGGGAUAUGUGAGAAGUGAUUAUAAUUCUGUUUCGUGGGUGAGGUUGUACUUGAGCUUGAUCUUGGAGGAUAAGUAGUUCUCAAAGGGCAGAAGAGAAGAAGAGAGGCAUUUUGGGGGAAGCAGAGCAGCAGGAACAGAGGCAUGGAGUGUGAACUCUGCAGCGUUCUCUGGGUACAGCAUGGGGGCUGGAUCACAGGUGCAUGGAGAGAAAUACUGGGAAAUGGGCCAGUGCAAGGGUUUAGGACAGCCCCUAGGAAGUCUUGAAAACUGACUCAAGCAUUCAGACAGUUCUGUAAACAACAGAGACCCACUACAGGCUACUGGAGAGAAGCAACAUGGUGCCACCUGUGUUCUGGGCAAAUCACCUUGGUGGCAGUGAAGGAGGGAUAAAGAAAGAGGGGGGUAGGGGGCCCAGAGACCGUUUGGGGGCUAUAGCACAGCCCAGGCAAAAACGUCAAGAGCUUAAGCAGGGAGGUGGCCAAGAGGGAGAGCCACUGUGAACACAGAAUCCGACAGGCUUGGUGAAGGAGUGGGCAGAGUCAGACAGGGUUUCCUGCUAGGUGGCUGGGAAGAUGGCAGUGGCGAUGCUCUUACAGAAUCAGGGCCCUGGGAAGAGGACCAGCCUGGGAUAGGGGCCUUCUUCAGCUUGGGGCAUACGGCAUGGCCCAGUGCAGACCCUUGUAUGUCCCUCACUGCUGUUCCUUCUCUUCAGCUCCAACAAGCCCCAUAGAACACCUUGCACUAGUCAGGCGCUCAGUGAAUACCUCUGAGUAAGGAACCACAGGGAAGGAGGCGUCCAGAGACCUCCCCGCUCCAACUUCCUCCAUUCCAGACCCAGCCUCUUCCUCUCUCUCCCCACUGUGGACACCCCUGAACAUCUCCUCCUGUUUCUGAAUCUUUAGGGAAAAAAUGUCCCCAACUCUGUCUCUCAGCACUGCCUCCUUUCUCUGCCCCAACCCACUGAAUGUGUGACUCAUUCCCACGCUUGCAUCCUAAAGCGUUGCCUGGGGUGUCCCUCCAUGCGGGGACCGCUGGAGCAGAGGCCAUCACCAUCAUAACACCCUCCACCAGCCACCCAGCCCCUACCAUGGGAAGAGCACCGUGCCAGGCUCAUCAAUCACCAUCAGAUACUCUCGACAAACACAGAGGAUGGGCUUUCUGAUUCCCAUUUUACAGAUGGGAAGAAUGUGACUCAGAGAACUUAGUCAGCUUGCUCUUGCACACACAGCUGGUUCUGUGUAAUCAUACAGCUUGAACAGGUCCCCUGCCCUCUGCCUGCCUCCCCCACCAGCACCUCCACAAUGGCCACGCAGAUCUUCAGGACACAAGCAGAAAGCAGGGGCUACCUGAGACUGGAACAUCAGGGCAUCUCUUGGGAUCAGCACCACCUGCAGUCAUUGAAUGCAGAAGGGCCUUCUAAUCCCGGGACCUGUCCAGACCCCCAAGGAUUCUGAUGUAAUUGGUCUGGGGUGCAACCCCAAAAGCAGGACUUUUAAAAGCUCCUCCAGGUAAUUCUCAUGAGGUUGAAAAAUGAUUGUUCUAAUGGGUCCUGCCCUGAAAGCAUCCCUGCCGACACCUGCCCCCCACCACGGUCACCGUGGACCUGCUCUGCUGCCUCAGUACUGAGCUUCUCAUGCUGGAUGCAGCUGGGCCAUGGCACAGGUCCUCACAGCCACCGGCCUCCCAGGAUAAGCGGAAGCUGAUCUUGCUGUGGCUCUCCUCCACUCUGGCUCCCUUUUCCGACUCCAGAUACUUCUCUCCAUCCACCUUCCCAGGUUUCCAGAGCCUUCUUAUGGUCCAAAGCUCCCCCUCUCCAGAAGGGGACACUCUAGCUGCCCUUCUGGAGAGGACUGAAGACCCCAAGUUGACUCCCUGGUCCUUGUGCCCCCUGGGGGGCCACUGAGAUCCAGGCAGGGAGGCUGGCUGGUGUCAGCAGGAGGGAGGGUGGCGGGCCAGGUGGCAGAGUGGCCAGAAAGGAGGCAGCCUUCAAAUGCUGGUUCCACCACCUCCUCCCACUGGGCUGUUUCCCCUAUGUCACAGUGAGAGAGCUGCACAGGACCCCAGCUCCACCCUGCAGAGGGGCCAGAGUUGCUUUCUUAUGCCUGGAGACCCUAAACAACCGUGGAACGAUCAGGCUUCCCUGCUGCGGGCUGGGACCAGCCUCUUUCCUGAUGGCCAGAAGCUCUGAUGAGCAGGUGUAGACAGCAGACAGUUUCCUUAUUCAGCAAUAAGGACAGUGUGCGUGGUGGAUAAAUGCCUUAAACACGGAAGAGUUCACGGGAAAAAAAAACAAUGAAAGAGGCUCGGCAAAUAACUUCAAACCAGUGAGAUGGGUCCCCCUCUGUGGGGACUCCCAGGCCUGGCCUGAAGAUUUGAGUGUAUAGGAAGGCAUGAGGUCCCCCGACUCUCCCAUUGCAAGAGAGGUGCUUGUUACCUUUCGCGAUGCCCUUGCCCCCUCUCUGGUGCCCACUUUCUCACUCUGCAUCCUUCAACUCCCACCUCUGCCCCAGCUGCUCUGGUGAUGUGCGGGGUGGGGGAACAAAAAACACAGGCUGUGCAGGCAGACACCAGGGGUCAAAUCUCCUGGCUCUAGCUGGCUACAGCUAACCUCUCUGAGCUUCCAGUUUCUCAUCUGUAAAAUGAUGAUCAUCCCCAGCAUAGAGCGGUGCUGGAGGAUUAAGUAAUGAGAUAAUAUCUGUAAAGCACUGUGCUUAGUGAUGGAGAUCAGUAAAUGUGGUUCCAUCCCAUAGCUGUCCUGCCUCAUCUCCCCCAUCACCUCAGAACAGGUACAGCUUCCAUCCUAAAGCGUUAAGAUACUUCCUGCAAAAAGAUCUCAAGAAAGGCCGGGUGCGGUGGCUCGUGCCUGUAAUCCCAGCACUUUGGGAGGCCGAGGUGGGCGGAUCGCCUGAGGUCAGGAGUUCAAGACCAGCCUGGCCACAAUGGUGAAACCCUGUCUCUACUAAAAAUGCAAAAAUUAGCUGGGAGUAGUGGUGGACAUCUGUUAUCCCAGCUACCUGUGAGGCUGAAGUAGGAGAAUUGCUUGAACCUGAGAGGCACAGGUUGCAGCAAGCCGAGAUCAUGCCACUGCACUCCUGCCCAGGCGACACAGACUCUGUCUCAAAAAAAAAAAAAAAAAAAAAAAAAAACAA